CGCCAUCCGGGUAGGCCUUGACGUCACCCUGGUCCGUUUGAAUGUUCGCAGUGUUGAAAAGCACGAUGUUUUGCUGCAAUGUGUUUGUGCACACGCUGCCUGAUGCCACCAACGUCUCAUCACAUUAGGCUCUAAUGAUGUCAUCUACCAACUCGAACGCAGGAGCUGCGUCAGGAUGCUUAAACUGAAACUUAAAAGUUCAAUAUUAACAAGAAACUCGAGGGUCGCCCUGACAGGUUAGUCACAUGGUCCAAAUGAGUCAUGCAAGUAUAAUACAAUGAUGAUUGUUGUUAUAUUGGAAUACUGUACAUAGUCAUUUAGGUACAGUUGAAUUAUAAUAUUUUGGCUGACACCAUCACAUUUCAUGUAACAAUGUGUAACAAUGUAUUAUUUAUUGUGAUUGUAGUUUGCAUUGUUUUAUACCCCCUGUAGCCAAAUGAAGAAACCUAAAAGGUUUUGGAAUACUCUUGUGUCUUUUUGUUGAGUGUCUCCUCUCCUGGCAGAUAAUGCCUGCUGAAAAGCCCAACGUUGUGCUCACGGCCCCCUCCCGGCUAUACGCGCUGCCCUCACUGACAGGAUACAAAAACCAUGAUCCAACUAAAUCCAAAGCACCAAGCUAUUCUUUAGGGAAUCGUUUCCCCAGGACCAAACUACAUGUCUCACCUGGACCGGCACACUUUGUCCCAUCCAACAUCACCAAAAAUGGCCGAGACGGCGCUCCAGCAUUUUCAUUUGGUAAACGUCGAAAGGAGCCAGCGCGUGCUGAAAUUCCUGCACCCAACUGUUACAGCCUUGAAAGUGCAGAGAAGUACACUUUCCGCUCUACUCCUUCGUACACUUUAACUGCAAGAAGAAAACAACUUGUAAACAGCAACCAAAGCGGACCCGGUCCAGCUGCCAACAUGCUGCCACCUGUUCUGGGACCAAAAACUGUCACUAUACCUGCAGUACCCGCAUACUCUAUCCUUGGCCGCCGUAAAGUUGGGACCUUUUUGGAUGACUUGUCAAAGUCUCCUGGCCCUGCAGCCUAUGAAGCUACGGACCCCAAAACUUACCUGAGAAAAUCCCCUGAGUUCAGCAUGCCUGGCCGCAAGUUCCCACCUCAGGAUUCUACAAAGACACCAGCACCUGGAGUAUAUUGUCCUGAGAAGGUCACGUCUAAUUGCUCAAAAGCGCCAGCCUUCACCUUUGGACGUCAUCACUCUGAAAAAACCAUCAUCCCCCUUAUGGCUGUGGAUAAAUGUCAACAUGCAAUAAGUCUCAUUUAACUUGGAAAGUUCACAGUGCAGAUAUGCAGUUGGUGUGAAUCACCAAGGUGCUAAAGUUGAAAGCCAGUCAGUGUUUUUGAAAUGCAUUUACAAGAUUACUAGAUUUUUUAAUAUAACCCCUGUUGCACCAUCCACUUUGUUCAUUCGUGUCCUUAGAGAGACACCCCCCCCCCCCCAUGCAAAACGUAACUCAUAACUCCAAUAAUCACUGCAGUGGUCAAUUUUACUGUUCAAAAACUACACUGGUGAGUUUGCCACCAAGAAUAAACAAAAACCUAAACAUUUUUUUCCUUCUGUACACUAAACCAUACAGCUGCAUGACAGUCCAGAAAGCAGCACAUUUUGAGUGCUUAACUGUGUUUUGGGUGCAGGAAGGGACAUA